AUGUUCUCCUCUACCAAAUUAGUCUGUUUCUCAUUGGCCUUUCUUUCUCUUCUCUUUACAAUUGAGGCCUAUGACUCUUGUACUGACCAAUUCCACGACCUUACCCUUAAAAGAAACCUUAAAAAUUGCAAGAAAUUAGCCACUCUAGGAGCUGAAUUUGGCUGGAAUCAUCACAUUGAAAGCCAAAACAAAAGCAUCCUAGUCGACAUCUUAUUCGGUGUUCCCCAGGACGCCGGUAUCAAAUGGAUUGCAUGGGGAGUCAACCCCGGAAAUAGACCACAAAUGGUCGGAACCAGGGCCAUCAUAGGCAUUGUACAAAACAACGGUACAUUAUCAGUCAACAAAUACAAUGUCACAACCCACACAAAGCUUGGCUGUGAGCUCCUACCUUCGAAAAUCGAAAUUGACGUCCGCAACUUGACAGGUGAAACCUCGAAUUCUAGUGGAUACAUAACAUUCUCCGCGAGGCUUGAUCUUGACCCUAGCGUUUACAACGUCGAGAUGCUGAACCAUGUGUGGCAAGUUGGCUAUGAUGCUGACCAAGAAGCUUUGGAGCCUAAAAUGCACCCUCCAAAUCUUCAGAAUUUCGACAGCACCGAGACCAUAAACAUGACGGUCGGGGAGGGUCGUAGCAUUGGACAUCACCACCGUCACCUUAGAAUGGUGCAUGGGAUUGUGAACAUUGUGGGGUGGGGAACGCUCUUGCCCAUUGGGGUGAUUCUAGCGAGAUAUUUUAGGAGUUUCCCGGUGAAAUUGGAGAGGUGGUUUUGUCUUCAUGUUGGCUGCCAGAUUGUUGGCUACGUACUUGGCACCACCGGUUGGGCCAUUGGCCUUUGGCUCGGACGUACUUCUAAGCACUACAACUUUCACACCCAUCGCCUCCUUGCUAUCUUCAUCUUCACAUUUACCACUUUGCAGAUGUUGGCAUUGAGAUUGAGGCCAAAACAACAUGAUGAUUACCGAAAGUACUGGGACAUGUAUCAUCAUUUUCUAGGGUAUGCCCUAUUGGCUGUGAUAGCAGUGAACGUGUUCCAUGGGAUUGGCAUUAUGAAGCCCAACAACACCUGGAAAUGGGCUUAUAUUGGGAUCCUAGGAGUUUUGGGCUUGAUUACUUUGGUAUUGGAGAUCUUCACUUGGGCCAAGUUCUUCAGCAUGGAUAAGAAGGAUACGAAGGAUAAGAAAGAAGCUCCAGACACUCAGAACCAGCCCACCUAGGCUCAGUCUCAAGCCGAGAACCAGAAAAAACGUAAACUCCAACUUAUGAAAUGAACCGUGCAUGAGAGUUGAUUGACCUUUG